CCAGCUAUAAAAUCUUCGAAAAUCGAAACCUUUGGCGGCAAUUUUCCCUGAAACCCAAGGCGGGGCGUUUUUCAUCCAGAAGACAAUGUCGGUAACAUUGCACACAAAUCUUGGGGAUAUAAAGUGUGAGAUCGCCUGUGAUGAGGUACCCAAAACAGCUGAGAACUUUUUGGCACUGUGUGCCAGUGGUUAUUAUGAUGGAACCAUAUUUCAUCGAAAUAUCAAAGGUUUUAUGAUCCAAGGGGGGGAUCCCACAGGAACAGGGAAGGGAGGGACUAGCAUAUGGGGGGGGAAGUUCAACGAUGAAAUAAGAGAUCCACUCAAGCACAAUGCAAGAGGCGUACUUUCUAUGGCCAAUAGUGGACCCAAUACAAAUGGAAGCCAGUUCUUUAUCGCUUAUGCAAAACAGCCUCAUCUAAAUGGCUUAUACACUGUGUUUGGACGAGUAAUUCAUGGUUUUGAAGUACUUGAUCUCAUGGAAAAGACUCCGACAGGACAUGGGGAUCGUCCACUUGCAGAGAUCAGGAUAAAUCGAGUGACCAUCCAUGCAAAUCCUCUUGCUGGAUAACUUACUUGGUGAACUCAUGUGUUCAAUUGCAUUAUCGUCCUUUAGAGCUGUCUUCCAUGAAAACCAAAGGUCUUAUACACUUUGUAAAACAAGCUUGGGAGCAUAUUGAAGCUUGUCUAAAGGGGCAUCUCAUCAUUCCCGGUGAAUUUGUACUUAUAGACUUUUUUCUUUUUGUAGUUUUCAAUGACAUUUGACUUGCCUUUUGCUUCUUGAUAAUUAGGUUAUGACUGAUGAAAGAUGAAAUUGUUCAUGUACAUAGUGCAUUAGAAAUGAAAAAGAAAGGAAAUAUUGAGAGC